UUCAUCGCAGUGGUAAUCGUCUGAGACCUGUAUCACUUGGGGCUUUCCUUCCACAUUAAGCUGACACGCCGUGAUAUAACUGGAAUAAUGUUAAAAGCGGCGUUAAACCCAACUCACUCACGUUCCCUUUGUAAGUCUGUAAAGUACUUGUUGUUUACCUGUAAUAUGUCUUAUGUAAACCUGUGCGGGCCCAACACUACAACUCGGGCUGUCAUUAAGUUGUGUACAAUAGAAAUCGACCUGAAUCUACUCGAUCUUUCUUUUAUGAACACCCAAAGUCUGUGAUUAUUUUGAAAUAAAAUCGUAACAAUGUUUGUCGUAUGUGGUGUUUUAAAAGUAUCGAGGAUGGGUGCUCCAUUAAAAUAUUUAUGUAAAUAUCCCGCCCCUGCACAGCAUAGUGUCGUCUGCUUUUACUUCCUCGUACCUCGGUUGUGUGUUUGAUGGGUGAAUGCCUACUCAAAAAGAUAAGUUACAUUUAUGGCGCUUCCGCAUGGAUUGUGUGCAUUGAGUGUGCGAGCGAAUUUGGUUCAACGCUUCUUUGGACAAUGUAUUAGUGGGCAACCUCCGCAUGUUUUUGAAGUUUUGACUUGGAGACUUUAAUUAGAGAUGUAAUUAAAUCCUGACAUAUAAUAGUUAUUUCAAAGAAAGAAAAAUGAAAGACAUACAUGGUUACAAAAUAAUGCGUUGAAUUAGGGCUCCGACCCUGUAAUGUCAUGACAAUGGAGGUAGAAUUGAGGAAACUGAGUGACAUUAGAGUUACGUCCCCUUCACAGAAAGCGCCAGAUACGAUUGAUGUCAACCUUUCCAAGACGAGAACGUUAGCUUGGCCUUGUGGUUUGCACUGCGUCUGUUUAUACUGGAUUAGCACGUGUGACGAUGCCAGGUCAGGUGUUUCAAGUGGUCCAGUGCUACAGUUGCCACACCUUCCAGGUGCAACAGAGAAAGAAGGUCAACAAGUGGGUCUGCAAGAUGUGCGGAGAGAAACAGUCCAUCAAAAAAGUUUACGGUGAAGGCAGUGGUGCCGACUGCAGAGUUCAUGUACAGAAACUGAACACCUUGAGAGGGGAGAUGGACCACACCCAGCAGUCGGCCAUGCUACAGCCUGCUCACACGGGGCCUGAGCUGGGUCACCCUGACCUAGGUCACUCUGACCUACAGUACAGGCAAGACAGCCAGCUGAUGUCACGCUGGGGUCAGUUCAUGGAUGAUACGCCACAGACUGAGGAGUGGGGUGAUGAUGAUGGGGACAAUGAUCAUCGCUGGACCACAGACAAAAAGAUGUUCAAAGAGUCAAUAAAGCAAAGUAAAAAAAGGAAAAAAUCACAGGGAACCUUCAGUCAGCACAGUUUAAAGGGAGAUAAUCCAUUCUCUUCCUACACCAGCCAGAGUGUCUCCAGCUGGGAUAACCCUGACUCAUACAUGAACAUAAGAGAUAGUGGAAAUAGCAAGGCAGAUGAUCUGUGUGACAAAUACCAGUCAACCGAUGACUGUCAUUUACAACUGCCCGACCAGAGACUCCGGAACCACAGCAAGAACAAUGGUGGGUUGUCUUCUGAUUCAGUUAAGAAAGUGAUGACUUCUGUCGUAAAGAAGCAAAAAACAUCAAAUCAAGAUGUAGCUGUCAGAAGCAAAUGGUCAAACUUUAUUGACAAUGAGGAAAGUGAUGAUUCUGAUUGCUCAGAAAGUACAAUGAGGUUCGGACGGACAGAAUGUAAUCCUGAACAUGACAGUUCAGGUUUGCAGAUGGGUGGUCAGACAGCGUCCAGUAUGUGGUCAGUGUUUGUGGACAGUGCUCCUUCUGAACCGCCCAUGUCACAAGAGGGCUCUCAUGUUACAGAGCCUUUUAGUUCAUCAUUGAGAAGUAAUGUUAAUGUGAGUGGUGCCAAUAUGACCUGUUACCAUGGUUACAUCGAUGAAGUGAUUGGUCAGUCUGUCCAGAGGGAGUUGUCACAAGGACACAGUCAUUUGGACGGACGAAAACGUUCCUCUAAAACGUGUGACAACAAUUCAGGAUCGCCAGAACAACACAGGGCAAACACUGGCAUGGACAGAUGCGGGCUUGAACAUGUUGAAGGAAAAGAAAACAGACCUCACCUGCAAACUUCUUCUAUGUUUUCGGUAGGAGAUGUGGACGAUGCUGAUUUAGAGAUAGACUUUUGAAAAUUAAAAGAAUAUAAUUAUGAUUCUGUAAGGUUUAUAAAAAUGUACUGACUCUAAAUAUGUGAAUAAUCAUUUUAGAUACAAGUGUACCUAAUUUAUAAAGCAGUUGUUUUAUAUAUAGAGAAUCUCACCCGAGUGUCUUUUGAUAUCAAAUAUAUAAACACUAGUUGAUAAAAGUGGAAAAACUUCAGGACUCAGUUUUGGAUGAUAAUACUUGCCAUGGUCCUAUACUCAGACAUGAGAAUUUACCUUGGAUUCCCGGAAUUCCAGUAUUUUUCUUCUCAAAAUGAUGUAAAAUGCACAUAUUUUAAUCAUUGUAUUAAAACUUUUCGUAGGUGGGCUUGCCCCCCAAACCCCUUAUAUUGGCGAUGUUCCUCCAAAACCAAGUUAUGCUGUUCUAAUGUCUGUAUACUGUCAGUGCCAUAUGCAAACAUUGUUUUGUUAACACCACCACCUGGAUACCAGGAUAGAAUGAGGUGCAGGUGUGUCAUUGUGCCCUCAUGGCUUUGUUUGUUUUUCAAUCAUUCAUUUGCCUGGCCCAGACUUGAAUAUUUACAGGCUGCUGUGAUACAAUGUCAUACAAUGAUAUUCCCUACUGGUUUUACUUCUGUUUUGUUAAGUGGUACUCUUGCGUGUUGGAAUGUUUUAUUAGGCUUAAAAAUAUAAGCAACUCAAGUUUUUGAUAUUCAAUAAAUAUUAAUAUAACAUG